GAAGUUAAAGGGAUUGUGGGAGGGAGAGAGUCCAGGCCCAAAUAAAGCCAUGGGGGCCAGAACUGGGCUGGGUCCCCCUUUGCUAUAAAUAAGCUGGCUGCCUGCAGGCUCGGGUUUGGUGCUUGGGGCUCGGGACCGGUGACCAUCACUGCAGCUGCAGUCCUCAGGGGAGUCUCCUCCGCAUACUCAUCAUCAUCUUCUUGGUCAUCAGUGUUCUUCUGGGCAUCCAAGAUGCCUCGCGUGGACGUAGACCUCAAACUGGACUUCAAGGAUGUCCUUUUCAGACCCAAAAGGAGCAGUCUGAAGAGUCGCUCUGAGGUGGAUCUUCAGAGGACUUUCACAUUCCGCAACUCCAAGCAUACGUACACCGGCAUCCCCAUCAUCGCAGCCAACAUGGACACCACAGGGACGUUUGAGAUGGCUCAGGUUCUCAGUAAACACACCCUCUUCACAGCAAUUCACAAACACUACUCUGUUGAGGACUGGAAAGACUUUGCCGCCAGUCAUCCAGAAUGCUUGGAGCAUGUAGCUGCUAGCUCAGGGAUGAGCAAUGCAGAUCUGGAGAAGCUGUGCGCCAUCUUGAAUGCCAUUCCCGCCCUUAAGUACAUUUGUCUGGAUGUAGCCAACGGCUACUCUGAGUACUUUGUGAAGUUCGUCAAGACAGUGAGAGAAAAGUUUCCCAAACACACCAUUAUGGCUGGAAACGUGGUAACAGGGGAGAUGGUGGAGGAGCUCAUCCUCUCCGGCGCCGACAUCAUUAAAGUGGGAAUCGGGCCAGGUUCUGUGUGUACGACAAGGAUCAAGACGGGAGUGGGUUACCCACAGCUCAGCGCUGUCAUAGAGUGUGCAGACUCAGCCCACGGCCUGAAAGGACACAUCAUCUCUGAUGGAGGCUGUAGUUGCCCAGGAGAUGUAGCAAAGGCCUUUGGUGCGGGGGCCGACUUCGUGAUGAUGGGGGGGAUGCUGGCAGGACACGACCAGUGCUCCGGCGAGCUCAUAGAGAAGAACGGGAAGAAAUUCAAACUGUUCUAUGGCAUGAGCUCUGACACAGCCAUGAAGAAGUAUGUUGGUGGAGUUGCUGAGUACAGGGCCUCUGAGGGGCGGACGGUGGAGGUUCCUUACAGAGGAGAUGUAGAAAACACCAUCCGGGACGUGCUGGGCGGCCUCCGCUCCACCUGCACCUACGUGGGCGCUGCCAAACUCAAAGAGCUGGGCCGCAGAACCACCUUCAUCCGUGUCACUCAACAGUCCAGCCAAAUGUUCAGUUAGGAGGAAAAACCAACCUCUGUUGGCUAACUAACUGUUGGCUGCAUGAUAUGUAUCGUGCAUGUAUGUCCACAUGUGGAUCAGCAGGACCGUGUUGUGUACGAGCACGUCACUUUCUCUGGCGAUAUCUGCUGUCAGACAUCUCUGAACCUCUGCAGAUGUCAUUCAAUAAAGUUUGACACCCAUUCUUCUAUCCUACUUGAUGUCACUGCAAGUGCAUCUACACACUUAGACGCACCACGAUGUCACAUUUCAAUAAAGACUAUGUUAUAAUUUGGGAUGGAAGUGUGCAAAAACCUUGAAUAACUUAUAAACUAGUGACUAAAUGACCACAAUUAGCAGAAAUUGGUAUUUCUGCACUUAAAUCUUAUUGAGAAUCAACGUGUCCAUUGCAUCUCAUUUAUCAGAAGUUAAAAUUCCCAGAACAAGCCUGGGGAUUAAGAUCUACAAAUGUAUGUGUCAGACUCUUAGCCAUCAUAAGAGACAUUAUGCUGCAACAAAGUGCGUGCAACCCUCCACCAAGUCCCUCAGUGGUGUUCAUCAUUCUGCAAAUCCAACUUCAACAGGCAUCAAGGGUUGGUACCCAUGUGUUCCGGGUCAGUGAGGUGCAUCUAUAAUGAAGGUGAAAACCUCUGGAUUUAAAUAUUACAGCUGCUUUAGCACACACACGUGCAUGCUUGCUGCACUGUGCCUGACAUGUCGAAGCAAACUCCCAAACUCCUACCUGGAACACAUACAGCACUUACAUGCUUCACUGUUUAUUGCAACAAAAGGUGAUUAUCAUCGUCUGACCAGAAGUCCUGUCGCAUCUUUACACAUAAUAAAUUCUAGAUCUAUU